AUGUUAGCGCUAGGGGAAGACAGGGGUCCUGUAAAUGUGUCAAAUUCGAGUGGACUUUCUAUCAAUGCCCCUGUGUUUUCACCUGCUCUUGUUCCAAGUACUAAUGAAUUGAGGGAAAAUUCUGGAGUGGUGGAUGUUACAUUUUGUCUUUCUGAUGUGGGCCCAGACGUUCAAAUUCUCCUCUGCACGGCUCUGAUUCAAGUAAGAGAUAUUUGGGGUAACUAUCAGACCUGUAGAUGUCUUUUGGAUAGCGGAAGCCAGGCUUCGCUUAUUACAAAUGAGUGUAUUGAAAAAUUGGGCUUGCACAGGAAAAAGGCCAAUGUUCGUAUUUCGUGUUUGGGUGCUUCCGAUACGCGUACAAAUGGGAUUGCUGAGAUUCAAUUCACCUCACAUUUCCCAUCUCAAAAGUCCUUUGAAGCGCCCGUGUAUGUGGUUAACAAAAUUGUAGGUAUGCUACCACAUCACAACUUAGAUUCCUCAAUGUGCGAAUUAUUUGGGGAUAUUUCUCUGGCUGAUCCAACAUUUUACAAGAGUGGUCCGAUUGAUGUACUUCUCGGUAUUGACCUUACUUUGCCAUUGCUAAAGGGUCAAACGUUAUCGUUAGGUAAGGAUAAACCAUUUGCCAUUCGUUCAGAACUGGGUUGGAUAAUUGGCGGUAAGGCUAAUUUUGGUGAUCAAAAUUCUCUUCAUGUAAAUAAUAUUCAGUUAGUGUCAGAUCAUCUAAUCAAUAAAUUUUGGGAAUUAGAUUCUGUACCAUGUGCUAAACCCUUAACUUCUUUAGAAAAGUCGUGUGAAGAUCAUUUCGCAAAGACACAUUCUAGGGAUGAGAAUGGCAGAUAUACAGAAAGGUUACCAUUUCAUACACCUCCCACGCGGUUAGGUGAUUCAAAACAAAAUGGAAUUCGUAGGCUAAUCAGCGUGGAACGCCAUCUCAUUUCUAAUCUAGAAAAAUACGAACUCUAUCGCAAAUUCAUGAAGGAAUACCUUGAUCUAAAGCACAUGGAGCUGGUUCCAGAUUUUGAAAUUAAUAACAUCAAUAGUUUGUACCUCCCUCAUCACGGAGUUGUUAGAAACACUAGCUCUACAACUAAGCUCCGCGUCGUCUUCGACGCUUCAUGUAAAACCUCGUCUGGACUUUCUUUAAACGAUUUGCUCAUGGUUGGACCAAGAGUACAGCCAGAACUUUUCCCUAUCCUGAUUCAGUUUCGACUUUUCAAUGUAGCCAUUUGCGCUGAUGUGGAAAAGAUGUUCCGCCAGAUUAAAGUUCAUGAGGAAGACGUAGACUGGCAAAGAAUUCUUUGGAGGGAGUCUCCAAACGAACCAAUAAAAGAAUAUCGUCUAACUACUGUUACCUACGGAACAUCCUCAGCACCAUUCCUCUCCACGAGAACCUUACGACAGCUUGCCAUAGACGAACAAGAGAAUUUUCCAGCCGCUUCAAGAGCUACCCGUUGUCACUUUUAUGUAGAUGAUUUGCUGAGUGGGAGUGCGACAAAGAAGGAAGCCAUUCAACUGGUAUCCGAGCUGCAGGAGAUGAUGAAAAAGGGAGGCUUUUCUUUACGUAAAUGGGUGUCAAACGAUCCCGACGUACUGGCAACCAUUUCAAAAGAAUUACAGGCAAUUGAUUCAAAACACACGAUCAACGAUGACCAACCUGUCAAGAUUCUGGGAAUAGCUUGGCUUCCAGAUGUUGACAAGUUCACCUUUAUCAUCACCGUCAAUGAGAUGGACGUAUGGACUAAACGUAAGGUACUUUCUGAAGUCGCUAAAAUCUUUGACCCCUUGGGCUGGUUGGCACCUACAGUUAUCAUUUCCAAAAUCUUCCUCCAAGAGCUGUGGAGUCAUCAUCUAAGCUGGGACGAGGAGCUACCUGAUUCUCUGGCAAAGCAGUGCAGAACAUUUCAAGAACAGCUUCCUGUACUUACAAAUAUCAAAAUUCCAAGCUGUAUUCUCAUUCCCCAGGCUUCAGACGUGCAAGUACACGGAUUCUGCGACUCUUCAGAGAAGGCCUAUUGCGCAGCUAUAUAUAUUCGUUCCCAGGAUGUAACCCUAGCUGUGACAUCCAGACUGCUAAUAUCCAAGACGCGUGUCUCUCCAGUAAAACCGCAGUCUUUACCUCGAUUGGAACUCUGUUCUGCUUUACUUCUUGCCAAUUUGUUGCAAGCUACCUUGCCAACGCUAACUGUGCCAAUCUCUGAGACAUUUGCGUGGUCUGAUUCCAAGAUCACACUGGCAUGGCUGAAGUCUGAAUUAAGAAGAUGGCAACCGUUCGUAGCUAAUCGAGUAGCACAAAUUCAAGAGCUGACUCCUAAUGUGCACUGGAACCAUGUGAGCGGUCUGGAGAAUCCUGCUGAUUGCGGAACAAGAGGGAUUCCUCCAACUAAACUAGAAAGGUGCGACUUGUGGUUCAACGGACCUGAUUGGCUAAGGAGUUCUACUUUUCCUAAUGGAGGGUUUGAGGAUAAUCCAGAAUUGCAAAAAGACAUGUCUGUAGAAGCUAAAGGAACAUCCAAGCUGAUUCUUAGAGUUCAAGAUUGA